CGGGGGUUCUUUGUCUUUUUCUUUUUCUCUAUUCCUUUUCUAUCUUUCGGAUUCGGAGCUGGACGACGCUUCGGCCCUGGAGUCGGCCUUGGACCAUAGCGGAAGGCGACGGAGCUUGCGCUCGAAGCCGGCGAGGUUGUGUCACUUCGUGCACUUUCACUUGAGAUAUGGAGUCAGUUUCCCUUUCAUCAAGCUGCUUUGGAAGCCAAAUAUUUCUAUAUAACAAAGUUCUUGAUAGGCGUUUUCACAUGCGUGGAGACUUCCUUCUUGCUUCCUUUGUUAACUGCACUUAGGUAGCUGCUAUUCCAUGACCGUCAAAGGCAGCCGGACUUUGACUAAAAUGCUCUUGCUGUCAACUUGCUUUGAUAUCCUUGCUGCUGUGCAUUUUCAAGACCACUGAUUUUCAUAGGUAUUUUCAUAAAAUUGCCAGACAAUUCUGGCCUAGGCCUAAUGUGUUCCAUCUUCUCCGGGUUAGAAUGACAAACAUGAAUUCUUUGUUAUCUUAGUCAGUAAUCAUUGAUAAUGCCUGCAGCUUGGAUCGCAUGUGACUUUUGCUUGCGUUCAAGUUGUUCCAAGCAAAGGAACUUUAUGUAGAACACAAUCUUCAGUGUGCUCUGUGUGAAUGAAACAGCAUGCUUACAUAAAUCUGCUCAGCUUCCUCUUUCUUUGAGGUGCUUCUUUAAGAAAUUCCCUGUUCUAGAACAUGUCCCAGCUCAGAAUAAUGGUGUUGAUCGCCUGAAGUGGUUAUCCUAUAUUAGAUAUUCAAUCUACUCUUCUCAAGCAUACAGCAGUGGUAUCUUAGAUAUCCCUAGCAAUUUACCCUUUUCUUUUUCGAUAAUUGAGGAGCCUUGUGCCUGGGAAGAAUGGAAUGCUACAAGGUUAUUAAGGAAGUUGGCGAUGGAACCUUUGGUACUGUCUGGAGAGCCUUAAACAAACAAAGUGGUGAAGUGGUUGCGAUUAAGAAAAUGAAGAAAAAAUAUUAUUCUUGGGAGGAAUGUGUGAAUCUUCGGGAAGUUAAGUCACUGCGAAGGAUGAACCAUCCUAAUAUUGUGAAGCUUAAGGAAGUUAUCAGAGAGAAUAAUGUUCUAUACUUUAUAUUUGAGUACAUGGAAUGCAGUCUUUAUCAGCUCAUGAAAGAUAGAAGCAAACCUUUCUCUGAGACCGAAGUUCGGAAUUGGUGUUUUCAAAUAUUGCAAGCUCUUGCGUACAUGCAUCAUCGGGGUUAUUUUCACCGUGACCUUAAGCCAGAGAACUUACUAGUCACAAAAGAGACCAUCAAGAUAGCAGAUUUUGGUCUUGCUCGUGAAAUAUCUUCACAAGCUCCCUACACAGAAUAUGUCUCCACCCGCUGGUACCGAGCUCCUGAAAUUUUGCUGCAAUCUUCUAUAUAUGACUCAGCAGUUGAUAUGUGGGCUAUGGGAGCUAUAAUUGCCGAGCUACUUACACUGCGUCCUAUUUUCCCUGGGUCAAGUGAAGCUGAUGAAAUAUACAAGAUUUGUAGUGUAAUUGGCACACCCGAUUACAUUUCUUGGGCUGAAGGACUGCAGCUUGCUGAUUCGCUCAAUUAUCGAUUUCCACAGUUGCAGUUUGCUCCUGUCCAUCUUUCGUCUCUACUCCCAUCAGCAAGUGAAGAUGCAAUUAGCCUUAUUUCGUCACUUUGUUCAUGGAAUCCUAAGAAAAGACCCACAGCUUUGGAGGCCCUUCAGCAUUCUUUCUUUCAGCCUUGCUUUUAUGUACCACCAUCCCUUCGCCCUAAAGCACCUGGCAUUCCAAAAACUCCAACAUCUGCUGGGCUUAAAGGACCUUCAGAACAAAAGACUUAUAAUCGAAGAUCCAGUGGAGUUCAAUCCUAUACAGCUCGUGCAAGUGAUUCCUCUCCUGCAAAGAAUUCAAAUGCUUACUGGAGGACAGGUGUGCAAAGAAAGCUGGAGAUGGAUUAUCAGGUUCAGGAACCUGGGAAAUACGGAAAGUCACUAAAGAACAUUCCCAAGGAAUCAUCAUCCCCAUAUCUGCCGCCUGCAAGAAAAAACAAUCCAGGAGGAUAUACUGCAAGGAGUGUUGGCAAAGGAUGUUCGGAUAUCUCGGAUAAGGUGGCCAGUAACAAAACCGUACCCAACUCCUCCGACUACAACGGUGCUUUAGAUGUAAGCAAGAAGUUUGCUCAGCUGAGUGUGAAUUCCGAUGGUGGAGCACGGCCUCCUCCGAGCUCCAUGAAGGCUGGUGGCUGGCGUUCCAAUCAGUUUCCUGCUACUACCUAUAGGAGUUACUCUAGGAAGGUUAUGGGCUGAAGCCAACCAAUCCCAGUCGCAACUUAUUAUUAGUAUUUCGUUUCCAGUUAAUAAUGACUGUAAUAAUGUGCACACCAAUUAAUUAAUGGUGGUUGAUGACUAGAGACGAGUGAGUGUUUCACCUCACCUCUACUGGGUUGUGGGAUCAUCAUUAACUUGGGAUCUCUACGUUUGCCUGCUACUACUGGUGUUGUUUAUGUUAUGAAGCUUUUUGCUCAUGUUUUUAGCA